AUGGACUACACACAGUACGAUACAGAACUCAGCACACUCAUGAGCGAGGUCGUGCUUCAACUCCCCCAGGUCGAUAUGGCAACUGUAGAUCCUCUCAUUCCAUGCCAACCCGGAAAAAUUCCCUUCUCACGAUUGGAUAGCACUUUAUUGAGUGUGAGCUACAAGUUACGAGAUCCCAAAAUCAGUUUCUAUCAGAAAAUGAUUUUUCUCAAUUCCAUCGUGAUGAAUAAUUUAGAUUUGGUCUAUUUAUUGUUUGGAGGUGAUCCAAGACAUUCCGGUUAUUUACCUUCUUCUUCGUUGUGGUCGAUCAUGAAAGAAAAUUUAUGUAUUCCGAAAAAUCAAGCGAGUAUGAUGGACGGAAGAUUGAGUACUUUUCAUAUCAUGUAUACCUUGUUGUCUUAUUCUGUAGAUCGAAUGUUGUUUUAUUUUCCGGAUGUUAUCUUUGAUUUGUUGUUGGUGAGUCCUUCUUCAUCGCUUUUGAAUGAAGGUUCAAAUCAUGAUUUGGCAGCAUCAACAAAUGAUCAUUUAGUCAUGUCCACUAUCUAUGAUACUCCUAAUGCUGUAGGAUUGGCAGUUUCCAUUGCACAAAAUUUGACAGGUUGGUAUCAAGGAGCUCUUGAAGAUCGACAAGAAAAGGCCAAGUAUUUUGAGUGUAAUUUGGAGACCUUUGAUUUGAUGUUGGACUUGAUGAAGGAUCGUUUAUUCAUGUUUAUUGUGGCAUGUAUCAAAUGUACAGAGAAGGAUCGUUUGAUGGUGGUUUGUUUUUUGGAUAAUUUAUGUGAUUUGUUUGGUACAAUGAGAUUGAAUGAACGUGAAGAAUUUGUAUUCGAUCAACAAAAGAGUGUACAAAGCUCAUUCAACAGUCAAGUGAGUUCAUUGGAUACAAAAGAAACAAAUGGUUCGAAAAAGUUAUCAAAUCUUUUGAGUUCCUUGUACAUGACUGAGGCCUACGAUCGACAGGAAUAUGUCGAAUAUUUAGUGGACACUUUUUCAAAUCAUUCAUCCAAGAAAAUAAGAGAUUCGAUCACCUCCUUUUUGGGUCUCAAUCUCAUUCGUAAAGUGAAACAGAAAAUUCAACAAAAGAAAUUGAACAAGUUGAAAUUGAAUUCAAAGCUUGCUAAAGAUGCAUCUAUUGAGGAAUAUUUUGCAAUUGUGUGUGAAUUUGGUGGAAGAAAGCGUAAAUUUAGAGUUAGCAAUGUGAAUUCAAUUGCUGAGCUACAAGACAAAAUUACACAAGAAUACUCACAACGAAAGAGAAGUUCUCAAGCACUUUCAACAUCCAACGAUCAAAAGAAUGUAUUACAACUUUUCCUUUCCUCAGAAAAUGCAGAUGCAAAAACAGAUAAUUCCGAACCAACAAUUGGACAACGUGGAGAUUGGGUCGAUCUCGAUGAUUUCAACUAUUUACAAGUCUCUCAAAGAAAUAUUCAAUCCAAAAAGGUCAUUAAUGAAGUCAUCAAUCAACUUCGAUUGGUCAAGAAAGUGGUCACAAAAAUUGCAGAAGUGUCUGGAACUUCCUUCAUGGACAAAUCUUCCUUUUUAUCUGAAUCAUUUGUUCCAUCAAGAUUUGAAGAGGAUGACAGUGCUCUUGCAACUAAAGGAUCCUCAGAAGGAAAUACUUCCCGACAACUCUCUGAUAAGACCAACAGCUCUGGAGGUUCACUUGAAUUUUCAAACAAUACCUUAUUGAGUAGUAUCAAUGAUGGCUCUCAAAUGUCAAGCGACAUGUUUAACAAACCUCAAUCACAACCAACUCAACAACAACCAAUUCAAAAUAGUGGCAUCGAGCUGAGUGGAAUUGAGAUGAGUGGAAUCGAAGGAAGCCAAUUCAUGUCUUCACUCGAAAAUUUAUCAUUUGUAGACACUGGAGAUCAUCCUGUUUUCUCCUCCGAUGAAGAAGAUAAUUAA